AUGUCCCAUAGCAUCGCACAUGAGAAGUUCUGCUUGAAUAUCAACAACGAGCUCCAGUAUCACACAAUGGAAGAAGUAUUUGGGCGGUGCCAGAGUCCCCCAAUCCAGUUUAAUGUUCCGAAUGUAACCGAAGGCCAGGAAAGGCGACCCCAGAAGAAUGAAAGCCACCCUUUCCUGAGUGUACCCAGUAUUUCAAGCGAUCCACUACGUGAAUCUAGUGAUCUUCACGACAGUCUCACGUCUUUAGAGGGUAAUAGCACUCGCUUCCCGGAGAAGAAGAGUGAGACUGCCCCCGUCAACCCGUUGAACUACACAAAAACCAUUCGGAAGUCGUACAAGAAAGGAAUCUCGCGAAUAUUUGGGAACGGCAGCACUGCUCCCCGGAAACCACAAAAUACCUCCAUGCCAAUGGUGUCCAGCGAUGAAAGUGAUGAUGAUGAUGACAGGGAGCACGCCGGCGACUCAGAUUCUGAUGAAAGCGGAUACAUUCGAGAGACCGAAAGUGGCAGGGUGACCCUUGAAAGCUCAAGCUUGCUCACCGCUGGUGCUACUUUAGAUGCGGGUGAAACCACUCUGCGUGACGACACUGUUCUAAUAACAGCCGUCCCCUCGAGAUCUGAGGAUUACAUCAACCGCAUCGACCAUGAAAUUGACUCCUUCUCAGAUUCCGACUACUACUUCACGGACCUUGACGAUUCAGGGUUGGACGAUAAUUCUCUUAUUGACAGUGACUACUCAGAGGUUUCUGAUCAUCAAAUCUCUUUCAAGCCGCCCAAGUUUGGUAUCUCUUCGGCACCACACACAAAGGGUCGCCAGAAGAAAUUAAAACUGUCCUAUUCUCCCGCUGGUUCGAGGAGAUCGGAACCCUUGAAGAAGAAUAGCUCCUUGGCAAAUAUUGCAGCUUCCACUCUCGCACACAUCGGUGAAUCUGAUGCUCCAAGCCUUGAGAUAAGGAAGGAGGACAUUUUGCCACAUGUAUCAAAGUCCAAACUCACCAGUCUUCUUAACGCGUCAGUGACCUCAGAGGCUCAGCCACUCAGUAAGUUCCUCGCUACCAAGGGGAUUUCGGGCGAUAAGUCUUCCGUAAGGCUCAAUGUCUACGUGCCCAGUUCUGCCAUUCCGAGCGUUCCAGUGUUUGGUGUGGUUGUGAGACGAGAAUCUCUGGUGUUUGACGUUCUUGGCUAUAUUUUGUUCAAGUACUCCGAGAAGAUCACCCUCACCGAUGAGGACAAGAAUCCAAAUAAAUGGUGUUUGAGGAUUGCAGACGACGAUGGUGAACCCUUUGAUGGGAAUUUUGGUUUGUUGAACCGUGUCCACCCAAUUUCGGGCUAUUCUGCUGACGAAGUGGCGUUGUGUCAAGUCUCUGAUGCAGAAUACACAAAAAAUUGCAUUGAAACUCCCUUCUCUGUCACUACCGCUUCCGUCACAGAACCCAAUGCCUCUGGUCACAUGUCAUCUGACUCUACUGAAUUCAAGGUCUACUUGUUCCCGUAUACGGAAUACAAUUACACCUCAUAUUUUUUUGAUGCCCUGGCUACGGCAAACGAAUUGUUGGAUAUGGUUUGCAAGGAUAAGAAUUUGGGCCUAAAAACUCACCAGUUCCGUGUUAUUCCCCACCGCACACCGCUUACUGGUAACGAAAUUUUAUCGGAAAUUAGUAAUACCAAUCUUGAAUUGGUGUCGCUGGACCCUACCGAAGAAUUUGACAAGCUUUCGAUGGGUACUUUGAAUACCUUGCCGUCCAUGAUGACACUGCGUGGUGCUAUGUUCCCUUCGGUCCUGCCGCCUCUGGGGGCUAUAACUGGUAGGGCCCUGGGUUUGGGAGCCAAGAAGCCUCCGCUCAAGAAGGCUUUAUCUAGGAGAAGACCCCCCUCCAACUUCUAUACCACUCCCCAAACUCCUGAUAUCCCGGGGAUUACUGGCCUGGAUUUCCAUAAGUGGAGUGUCUUGAGACGACAGCCGAUUGCCUUCAAUAAUCGAUUGGAAAAAACCUUAGUGGUUGAUGGCGACUACAUUUAUUUGGUUCCCAAUGAUGACAAAAAGACCUGGUAUGACCCCAAUAUGGGCAAGCCGGUGAAAACAUCCACCAUCCACCUCAGUCGCUUGUUGGGGAUCAAAAAGAGUAAAAAGUAUCAAGCAGGGUUCAAGCUAGUGGUGCAAAAAUCCGACCGGGUAAAAACAUACUACUUGGAGGCGUAUGACGAAGAGCUGUGCCAUGAUAUUGUAAAAAAGAUUCAGUCGAUUCAUAAGGAGUACAGAGAUAAUAAAAAUCGUUAG